UAUUUGUCGUGAUUGCCUCCCUUGGCUUUCUCCUUGCACAUCUGAAUCUUCAAAAUGCCGUUUCCAGAGACAUUCUACCUUCCUUCUUACGAGGAAGUUACAAUUCCGGAGAUUAAAUUGACAUUUCCAGCACUGAAAGCUGCUAGUCUGCAAAUGGGCAAAUAUUGUGACAACGCCAGCAAAGAAUUUAUGCUGUGUAAAACAGAAAAUGGGAGAGAUCCACGUCCAUGUUUGAACGAAGGGAAAGAAGUCACAAGAUGCGGCAUUGAGUUUCUGCAGAAAGUAAAGAAAAACUGUGCAGAUAGCUUUACAGAUUAUUGGAGAUGUAUAGAUACGUCUUCAUCAAUGGAAUUUAAAAGUUGUAGAAAUUAUCAGAAACUAUUUGACAAUUGUGUGGAGGAAAAGCUCGGACAGACACGACCGGAUAUGCAGCAUUUUCUGAAGAUUCGUUUACAUGAAACAAGUAGACCAAAACCAGCAGAGAAAGAACUGCCAGAGCCGCUACCGGUAUAUGAUGCUGCAGAGAGAACACCUCGUACAAAAUUCUAUAACCAGCAUGGUUUCUCAAGAUAAUUGUUUCAAGUGUAUCAUAGUAAAACAAUUGUAUUCAAUUUGAACAGACAAUAUUUUAUGGAACACUUCAGUAAAUGUACUACUUUUAUACACUUUGAAGAAGAGUUGGAUAUUGUUUUGCUCAUAUUGGUCAGUCUGUUGGUGGGGUCAGUAGGGCAAAGGUCAAUGUUAUAGUGAAUUUGUAACUAUUUCAGUAAGUAAUAAAAUACAGUUUAAUGCAGUAAUUUCAGAUAAAUUCAAGUAGCUGUUUAUUUGUUGUAGCAACACUGUCUAAAGAAAGUUUUAAAUCUUGUUCUCUAGGAAAGGGUAUGGCGAGAGGUAGUACAGAGUUAAUAAGCAUAAGGAUUUCCCCAUAUAACAGUUGUGUAUAAGAUUAUUACAGACUUAAGAGUUGGACACCAUUACCACAGUACCACUGUUCAAAUAAAUACAGGUACAUUCUUGUUUUAAAAAUAACCAGCAUUCUUAUUGGUAUGUGAAAUAUUUCAGUUCAAAUAAAAUGUAUUCAGUAUGGAUCAGAUGCCAAGUUUUUGAUCUACAGAUCUUGCAUAAAUUUUGUUGUCAGCAGUGGUAUAGAUAUUGCUAGAAUACCAGUAUUACUUGGCUACAAGUGUUCCUCACUAUACAGUUUCAUUUAAAAUGGUAUCCAACCAGAAACAGAGUGUGUAGAAAGUUUUGAUGCAAUUGUAUUUAUUGUCAGAGUUGUAUUAUAUAACCCAUGCUUUGUCAGAUGAUACUGUGUGUUAAACUGACGUUAAUGUUUGGUUCUGUUAGAAUUUACAAAUAAAUUGAAUUUAUU